GUUGUAAUGAAAAUAACCCAAAUACUCUUCAUUGGCCAAGCAUCGUCGGUUUCUUAUUUGCUUUAUUACAUAACUCCGGAAAGUCGUUAAAAGCCCGAUUUCUCAGCAAGGGAGUGUCAGAUGCCAGAGAACAUACAUGUGAUGUGAGUUGACAAGAUCAACGGGAGGCUAUUAUUCAAGACGGCACUUAGACCUUGAAGCAAGCUACAGAUCCCCGUCAGAUCUACAACCCUUGAUUUAGUAACAUCCGAUAUUCAUUUAAACAAUCACUAUUAUCUAUUAUUACUUCAAGUACCGUUGCUCACGUCUCUUUGACAGCUUCGGCGCCUUGAAUACCUCAUGGUUGCGCCAAAGGCUUGCCACAACUGCCGUAGCCGACGCUUACGAUGUGACCGAUCUGUCCCCGUGUGCCAUAAAUGUUCAAGCACCGGACAAAAAUGCCUUGGAUACGGAAAGUUGUAUAAAUGGGUUGACAGUAAGACGUCGGGAGACCGAAUAUCGGCACAGCCUUCGGUCUACUCCACCUCCAAAACUCGGGAGCAUAUCAGAUCCCAACCGGAUAUUCCAGUAUACGAUGACCAACGUGUGGUAUUCCCUCAAAAUACUAGACUCUGUUCUCCCACUUUCACAUUAUUAGAUCCACUGUUCCAAGACCUAAACACAUCAUCACGACAUUAUCUUAAUUAUUACACCGCCCGUUUCUGUCAAGAUCUCAUUAUUUAUGAUUCGCCCCGUCGCGGCGCCAACCCGUUUAGAGAUCUAGUUCCUAUAUCUCACAAGUACCCCUUUCUACGGGAAAUCAUCAUUGCGGCAUCCGCAUUACACUUCUGCAAUGGUGCGCGAUGGCACAAAAGCCCGUGGCACGCGGCCGACUCCCUAGCAGACGCUUUACGUGCGCGGCAUAGAGCUAUCAAAUCUCUACAAGAGGUCAUAGAGCAUCAUAAGGUCCAGGGCCACGUUGAGAACGACGAUGCAGGUAGAGACGCGCUGCUUGCUGCUGUGCUCUUUUUCGUCAACUUUGCGCUAGUUGAUUCGGGGAAGGGUGGCUGGCGAGCUCAUAUGAACUUCGUCGGUACACUCCUUCGCAUGCAGACAUCUAAUCCUUCAAAACUAAUUGAAUUGGGACCAAAAACGCUGGAAGAAGAUUCUGGCUCUAGUUCGAAUUUUACGGCGUAUGAUGCGGUUGUUCCGUUACCAUUCGCUCAUCAUCCUGCGACGUCUUCCCAGUCCCUAGGCAUUCGUGAUUACAUUGCUUCAGACUCCAUAGCUUAUUAUAUCUGGAGUAGUGCACUUGACUCCCUUGUAUCAUCUAGCAAUAACUUCGUAACAGUACCCCCGGCAUUUGAUGGAGAUGACAUUGAAAUCUUUCAUAUCCUCCUCCGCACCGAGGCCAACAGUUAUCAUAGCUGCCCUUCCAGUUUACUGUACGCCAUUUAUCGGACAUCGCAGCUAGCGAGGAACAUAAGAUCAAACGAGGCCAGUGUUUUGAGUGGCAAGCAGAUACAAUCUUGUCUUGCACUUUUAGACGAGGUUCAAGCUUUUGAUAGCGACGCGUGGGCUGUUAAAGUCUGUACGCAGAUUGCAGCAGUUGUCGGUUAUGCAGACGAAACUGAACUGCACUAUCGAAGACACAUCGCUGAUACUUACCGCGCUGCGGUCUUCUUAUAUAUCCUCCUAGUUGCUCCAGAAGUACCACACCAAAAUCCCUACCGCGAGGGUAAAUUCUUUCCUUCCCAGCCUAGUACCGCUGACCUAGCUACCACAAUUUUACAUCACCUUUCCUUCAUCCCGUCUCAUACUCCCCUAUUUAAAUUCGCUACCUGGCCUAUAUUCCUUACCGGUGUCGAAACGGCGGACGAGUCUCGUAGGACAUGGGUGAUAGAUCGACUACGUGACAUGAGGGACGUCUGUCCUUGGGGGAUGCUGACAUCCACCAUGGAAACUCUGGUGGAAAUAUGGCGGAUGAGAGAUAGUUCAUUAGCGCCUGGGGAGUUGGCGACAGAUGAAAAUGCUCUAGGCGGGAAGUUAAUCAGCACGCUGGAUCAAAAGGUCAACGGCCACUGGCUGAUGCAAUUGCAAGGCUUCAAGAUCGAUUGCUUGAUUGUAUGAAGCUGGAUACUCGCGCUCAGUGGUAUAAGCGCCGAGCUAGGGUUAUGACUUCUUACCCCUUAGGGAACAGGGGUAUAGAACAUAUGUUCUAAUACGAUUCAGACAGCCUUCGGAACUCAGCAUGACACUAAUACACGGGAGCCUUAUAUAUGAUAAUAAAAAUGUAUAGACCAGAUUAAUUCUGCUAUGCGCUUUCUCACAAU